AUGGGAGUUGACAUCAACCACAAACACGACAGGAAAGUUAGGCGCACCGAAGUUAAGUCUAAGGAUGUAUACCUUAGGCUUUUGGUUAAACUUUAUAGGUACUUGGCUAGGCGCACAAAUGCUAAAUUCAACCAAAUUAUUUUGCGCCGAUUGUUCAUGAGCCGCAUCAACAGACCACCGAUUUCCUUAUCUCGCUUGGCGCGCCACAUGAAGAAGCCAACUCGUGAGGGUCUUAUCGCGGUAGUCGUCGGUACCGUCACCAAUGAUGUCCGUCUAUACAAGGUCCCCAAGCUAACGGUGGCUGCACUACACGUUACUGAGAAGGCUCGUGCUCGUAUUUUGGCUGCUGGAGGAGAGAUCCUCACUUUUGAUCAGCUGGCCCUCCGUGCCCCGACUGGCCGCAAGACUGUGUUGAUGCAGGGCCGUAGAAACGCUCGCGAAGCCGUGCGUCACUUCGGUCCAGCACCGGGAGCGCCCCGCUCGCACACCAAGCCUUAUGUGCGCUCAAAGGGCCACGAACGUGCUCGACCGAGCCGUCGCUCCAAUGUGUAA